AUGCGGUUUUCACUUCGGUUUGCUGCAGCUGCUCUCGUGGCAGUCUGCCUCGGGCCUGAAGUUCAGGCACAAGGUCCAGCUCCCGUGAAUACCAAUAGCACGGGGCCGCUCUCUCAAUACAAAUCUAGACCUGAUAUCUACGCGCCUUUCCUCAACAUAUCUCUGUUUGACGACGAUGCUGUGACUCCAGGAUACAUUUUCAUCGGACCAUACCAGACGUUUCAAGAGGCGGCAUAUAUCUACGAUAAUCGAGGAAACCUGGUGUGGAGUGGUUUUGCUGAGACAGGACGAGGUCCGUCGCAUAACUUCCAUGCUUGUUCGAUCAACGGCACGGACAAUCUAUGCUUUAUUUCCGCGGCCCAGAACAACGGCUAUGGUCGAGGGUACGCUGUGGUGUUGGACGAUACCUUGACCACACGCACGUCUGUUCGCUCACAAAGCGGCUUGGCCAAUUUUGAUGAACACGAGUUCAACGUGCUCGACGAUGGGAAAUCAUCUUUAUUCACUCUGUACAACCCCGAACAUUACGAUCUGUCUGCUUACAAUGUGUCCGGACAAGGAUGGUUGAUGAAUUGCUAUUUCCAGCAUCUCGAACUCGGCACCAACAAGCUCAUAUUUGAGUGGUCUGCGAUAGACCACGUCUCUUUGAAUGAGACCUUUGUCGGGCCGCGAGAGAGCGAGGUGGCGGGCAAUGGGCUGACACCGACUAGUCCUUGGGAUUAUUUCCAUAUCAACAGUGUCGAUCAAAAUGCCGACGGAGACUAUCUUGUAUCUGCGCGCCAUACAUGUACCAUUUACAAAGUGUCUGGGCAAGAUGGGCACAUUAUUUGGAGAUUAGGCGGCAGACUCUCUGACUUUGCCUUCCCCCCGGGCCUCAAUUUCAGUUUUCAACACGAUGCCAGGUUUAGGGAGGAGAACCAGACCACGACCAUCAUUUCCCUCUUCGACAACGCCUCGAAUGGCUUCAAUCAGACCGCUAGAUAUUCCUCGGGAUUGAUCCUGAAGCUGGACCACAUGCGAAACACAGUCUCCCUUCUUCAGCGCUUUAUAUCCCCAAACGAGUUUAUCUCCGCCUCCCAAGGCAAUGUCCAGCUGAUGGGUAAGGACUGGCGGACUUCGAGCGCGUUUCUUGGCUGGGGUUCGAAUGCUUACAUAUCUGAAUACACCGCCGAUGGCAGAAUGGUCCAACAGGGCCACUUUGCAUCCACAGGGUCGAUGAAUUACCGUGCGUUCAAGCACAACUUCACAACCAACCCGACGGAUGCUCCCGCCCUGUUCACCUACGCCCACAACGGCAGCGCUCCCACUUCAUACUGGAUGAGCUGGAACGGGGCGACGAAGGUGGCGCAAUGGCGCAUCUACUCCGGUCCAGGGCGUAAUGGCCCCUGGACCGUCAUCGAUACCGUCAACAAGACCGGCUUCGAGACAAAGUUUACAGCGCCCAAGUACCAUCCCUGGAGUAUUGUUGAGAGUAUCAGUGCAGAUGGAAACCCACUGAAAAACUGUACAAGGGCAGUAAGAACGUUCGUCCCGGGCCCAGAGCUUGCGGCGAGGUGUGACAGCUCUGAAUGCCCAACUGCUGUGAGUUCACCGGCGAAUCCUCCCAUGACAAGCUCGUCAUCUACGUCUAGCUCGGGUGCUGCUACUCCAAAGUACAAACGAGACAGCAUGACCGGCGAGUUGGGUGCGCUGGCCAUGUUCGGCAUGGGUUGGCUCCUAGGCUAG